CGUUUUCUCAACAAAAAACAAAUCAAAGAUAUCCCCGUGAAGCCGAAGAAGAACAAAACCUAGAUCGGAGCAAGCAUGUCGCCGCUUCGAUUUUCCGGGUCUCUCGUCGUCGGGAGGAGGCUCUCCUGGCACCGGAUUCGUGCAGGAUCAGCGUGGCUUAAACACCAAUCUGUGCAGAGGAACAUUGCUGAUCAUGCGAGGGGAUUUGGCUCCUCUGGCAGUUUCCCGAAGGGUGGCAAGUUGUAUGCUAGUAUUCUGCCUGUGGGUGCCUUAUCUUCUGCCUUGGUUGGAGGAAUGUUGUAUCUCAAAAAAGAUGCAGAGGUACCAACAACAGCUUGCGGGCUAACCGAUGAGGAUGCAACGAGGGCUCACGAGCUAACUGAUGAGGAUCCAACGAAGGAGGCGGCGUUGAAGGCGAGGUUCGAGGAGUGGAUGAUCAAGUACGAACGCAGGUACAAGGACGAGGAGGAGAAGGCGCUGCGCUUCAGGGAAUUCAAGCGCCAUGUCAAGGACUCCGAGAAGGCCAACACGCUCGGCAGUGGGUUUUGCACCUUUGAACCAAAUGGCCUCGGUGAUCUAACCGAGGAAGAGGGGCUCAUGCGGAGAACUGGUUCCUAUGAUAUGACUGCGAGAAGAUAUAUUGCGAGGCAGCGUGAUAUCGUGUACCAGCGUGUUCUUGAAUGGUGGUAUCAGCUUUGAUGGCAUUAAGGGGGAGUACAUAGAACGAUGGCUGUUAGGGGAGUAUAUAGAACGAUGGCACUUGUUUUAAAGUUAACGAAUAGCCUAGUUAUGGCCCUAACUGUAGCAGGAACCUUUUGAUAAUGUUAAGCGGAUGUAAUGCGUUAAUCUUUAACGGACUUAUGGACUCCUGGUGUAUCAAUUUCCUAUGAAUUCCUGAUCUUUAUAGUAUUAUAAAGCCAAGACCUUGACAUUGA